AUGCGCUGGGAGGAGUGGCAGGACCUGGAUAUUACUCAGAGGGCCCUGUAUAGAGAUGUAAUGCUAGAGACCUACAGCCACUUGUUGUCCUUGGGGUACUGUGCUUCUAAACCCAAAUUGAUUAUCAAGCUGGAGGAAGGUGCAGAAACAUGGAUGGGAGAAGCCUCAGGCAAGAAUUCCAAAGAGGUCCUGGAAAUUGAUGACAUGAUUAAGAGUGGCAAGAAAAGUCCAGAAGAAUGGUCGUGUGAAGUAGCAAUCACCAAAAGCAACCCUGUGGAUGAAAGUGUGAGAUUAGUGAGAACUUUUCAUUUGAGCUCUAAACACAUGCCAGAGCUGCAUAGGAAUAGUCAGAAAUCCUUAGGAAUGAGGACUGAGGCAUCCAUUGCAUGUCAGAAUAUGGUUCUCCAUUUUGGGCCUGAAGAGAUGCAUGCUGGAUCCAGGCCUGGUGUCUCUCAUGUAGAUGAAAAAUCCCUUAGCAACAUGGAGACUUUUAAUCAAUGUUUAGAAAUUCCCAGUGAGCACUAUUACUUCACAGAUGGUGGAGAAGGGACGGUAUUAACCUCAAAGACCAUAUUCUUUAAAAAUAAUUGUGCUUGUGUGGGAGAAAAUCAUUAUGAAUGCAACCGAUAUGGAAAGUCCCUCAAACACAUGCCAGCUCUAAGAACCCAUAAUAGAAUACAUAUUACUGAGAAAACUUAUGAAUGUAAUAUAUGUGAAAAUUCCUUUAGGAGCAAGAAAAUUCUUAGAAGACAUAACAAAAUUGACUCAGGUGAGAGACCUCAUAUAUGUAACAAAUGUGGAAAAUCUUUCAGGUUGAGGACAAUUUUAAAUGUACAUAAUAGAAUUCAAUCAGGUGGGAAACCAUACGAAUGUAACCAAUGUGGGAAGUCUUUCACCUGGAAAACUCAACUCAGUAUUCAUCAGAGAACUCAUACAGGAGAGAAACCUUAUAAACAUAACACAUGUGGAAAGUCAUUUCCCCAGAAAUCACAAAUCAGUGUUCAAAAGAGAACAAAUUCAAGAGAGAAACCAUAUAAAUGUAAGACAUGUGGAAAGUCUUUUGCCUGGCAAUCAUACCGAAGUGUUCAUGAGAGAACACAUACAGGAGAGAAACCUUAUAAAUGUAACACAUGUGGAAAGUUUUUUGCCUCGAAAAGAGACCUUAUUGUUCAUGAGAGAACACACACAGGAGAGAAACCUUAUAAAUGUCACACAUGUGGAAGGUCUUUUACCCAGAAAUCACACCUAAGUCUUCAUGAGAGAGCACAUACAGGAGAGAAACCUUAUAAAUGUAACACAUGUGGAAAGUCUUUUCCCUGGAAAAGAGGUCUUAUUGUUCAUGAGAGAACACAUACAGGGGAGAAACCUUAUAAAUGUAACACAUGUGGAAAGUCUUUUACCCAGAAAUCAUACCUAAGUCUUCAUGAGAGAACCCAUACAGGAGAGAAACCUUAUAAAUGUAACACAUGUGGAAAAUCUUUUACCCAGAAAUCAAGUGUUACUGUUCACGAGAGAACACAUACAGGUGACAAACCUUAUAAAUGUAACACAUGUGGAGAGUCUUUUGUCACGAAAACAAGGUUUAGUGUUCAUGAGAGAACCCAUACAGGAGAGAAACCUUAUAAAUGUAACACAUGUGGAAAGUCUUUUAUCCAGAAAUCAAGCGUUACUGUUCAUGAGAGAACACAUACAGGAGACAAACCUUAUAAAUGUAACACAUGUGGAAAGUCUUUUACCAGGAAAACACACCUUAGUGUUCAUGAGAGAACUCACACGGGAGAGAAACCUUAUAAAUGUAGGACAUGUGGAAAGUCUUUUGCUGUGAAGUCAUACCUAAGUGAUCAUGAGAAAACACAUACAGGAGAGAAACCUUAUACAUGUAACACAUGUGGAAAGUCUUUUACCCAGAAAUCAAGCGUUACUGUUCAUGAGAGAACCCAUACAGGAGAGAAACCUUAUACAUGUAACACAUGUGGAAAGUCUUUUACCCAGAAAUCAAGCGUUACUGUUCAUGAGAGAACACAUACAGGAGAGAAACCUUAUACAUGUAACACAUGUGGAAAGUCUUUUACCCAGAAAUCAAGCGUUACAGUUCAUGAGAGAACCCAUACAUGA